AUGGGGGUCCACCGGAGUGCAGUCUGCACCAGGCUGGCGCCGCUCCGCAGUAAUCAGACGCGGGUGGACGAAUGCAACGUGAAGUCGCAUUUUGGGGAAAGAGAACCUCACCUUGCCUGCUCCUGUUACUUGUUCGUUUCUCUGGUGUAUUUUGGCCUGCUUUUCUUCCGCUGGCAAUGGCGGCGCCGGCUCCCGUCUCCGGGCGCUGGCUCGGCUGAGAACUCUAGGGAUAUGGACAACUGGCGAUCACGACGCCGUGUCGCUUCUCCGACGCCUUUCGUCCGGAGUCGACAGUCAAUGCCGAGGGCUAGAGACCGUGGAGCUGCUGGGCUCCGUGCAGAUUCGCAAAUUAGCAAGGAUUCUUCAACACGCGGGCCAUGCUCAGCCUGGAUCAACCGGCAACGGGAGGUUGAAGCGGCCCAGUGGGGAAGUGCAGCUCGGGGUCGGGCAGGGAAGGCGCUGGCCAGGAUGUCACUGACCAUCACACCCUCGCGCCAACCGUUUCAAAAGGAGCCAAUGCACGAGACUUUGGUAUCCAUGGACCAUGGGACAUUGCCGAGCGCUGACUGUCGAUCGGAACUGAAGCACUGGCCAACCGGAGGACGCGGCAGCGCUCCCGGUUCCGACUUCCCGGCUCUGCACAUGUCGGUCGUGUGCAAGGGUCGCACGCUAGGUGAGCGCACUACGGAAAUAUUUAGUGAAACUAGUCGGCAAGCCAUGAUUACACGUCUGAAUUUCGUGGUGCGCGACCGUCAACGCUGUGGUGGCGGCCCACGAGGGGCUUCAAGGGUUGCCACGCCGCGCUGGAGCGAAGGGCUCCCGCACGAGCUGGCUACUAAUGACAAAGGACAUCGGUCGAGCCCGACCGUGGGUGGGCGCCGAGUGUUGGACAGCGUGCUGCUGCAUAUGCUCCUGAUGUUGAAGUCGCCGACUGCCAGGGCUCGCACCGCAUCCCCAGAACAGGUCAAAUCAGCGAGCAAAAGCCUGUUGGCUGACGAGCCUCGGCUGGGGUCGCGCAGACGAUACCGUUUCGAUAUUAUGCAGUGCAACCCUCCGGGUCUGUUGGCGGCGGUCGAUGGGGCACACCAGAUGAAGCAUCAGGCAUCAGAGGGAGCGGGAGCCCGACCACGGGGUCCCGAACCGACGGACACGAAUGAGUGGUUUGACUGGACACGAUUGACGGAACGCAAUAAGAUUACGGAGUAA